AUGGGAUCCAUGAUGAUGCAACAAGAUCAAAAGAGUGGGGAAGAACACGCGGUUUAUUACUUAAGCAAGAAACUGUUGGAGUAUGAAACUCGUUAUACCCCAUUGGAAAAGACAUGCACUGCUUUAGUUUGGGAGACCAAGAGGCUGAGACAUUACAUUAUCGCACAUCAAAUCCAGCUCAUCUCAAGGAUGGAUCCGAUUAAAUAUUUCUUUGAGAAGCCAGCAUUGACAGGAAUGAUGGUCAAAUGGUUGUUGCUAUUGUCAGAAUUUGACAUAACAUAUGUCAACCAGAAAUCCAUAAAAGGACGAGCAAUCUCGGACUAUCUAGCUGGAUACCCAACCAGGGUGGAUUCACAGCUGCUAGAAGACUCAUUCUCAGAUGAGUAUUUGACAUAUGUGGAGGACGAAGACUGUGAAGACUGGUGGCAAUUGUACUUCGAUGGUAUAGCCAAUCAGAGAAGAUAUGGGGCCAGAAUGUUGUUAAUAACCCUAGAUGAUCUCUAUCUACCGUCUGCAUUCCGGCUAGAAUUCCCUUGCACCAACAACAUUGCAGAGUAUGAAGCAUGUGCAAUCGGUCUCAAAGCCGCCAUGGCAAUAGAGAUCAAGAAGCUGAGAGUCUAUGGAGAUUCGUCGAUCAUAAUUUGUCAAACCCAAGGGAAGUGGAAGACAAAGGAUGCGAAGCUAAAACCUUACCAAGAACAUUUAGAGAAGUUGAUCAAGAGCUUCGAUGAAAUCAACUUUGAAUAUUUGCUGAGGGAUAAUAACAGCUUCGCCAACGCCCUGGCUACUUUGGCUUCAAUGGUUGAAUGCACUCCAAAUACUCAUGUUUGCCCAAUUUGGUAG